AUGGAUGCUUACAUAAAAUUAAAAAUAUAAACAUUCUUUCCUUACUCUAAAAUUGAAUCAAAGCUUUACUUUAUUUUAGAUUGUAUUGUUUAAUAUGGAUAUGCAGUUUCUACAUAAAAUUAACGUGAAUAUCUUGUUAAUCAAUUGAAUUAGAGAUACACGAUUGUGAUCAUAUCAAAGAGUGCAAAAACCAUAAAUGGACUGUUUGACAGAGAUGAAGAGAGAUCCAAAAUAGAAUCUAACAAGUUUUCAAAAAUAAAUUGGCUAAGGAAGGAAGGUAAUGAUAAAUCAAUGAAGAUAAUUAGGCUUAAGUGAGAGAUUGAAUAUUUUAGAAUUUAUUGUUCUGAAUUUUAGACUUAAAUUUAAUAGAAUUAGUGAUAUUUAUAGUAAAUAUUUCUUACUAGAUAUUCUAAAUCUUAAUAAUAAUAAAAUAAUAAAUCUAGUAUACAUGUUUGAAUGUCCUAUAUGUUUCGCGACUUAUGAUAACAAAUUAGCCUUUACAUUUCCUUCCUGUUUCCAUACGUUCUGCAAGAAUUGCUUAAAAUCAACUUUUGAGAGUAGGAUAACGGAACAAAAUGUGACAUUGGAUAUCUUUAAAUGCCCAGGAUGUGAAAAGAUGUUCGAUUAAUCUUUGAUUUAGCAAUUUGUUUCAGAAUAAAUAUUCAAGAAAUACUGUGAAUUGAGUAUAGAGAUGAAUUAGAUCUAUGGAUUGGAGGAGGACGAGAUAUUAGCAAAUUGUUUAAACGAGGCUUGUAGAGAGAAGUAUAUCAUUUGGAAGAAUGCAGGUAAAAUACAAUUGGCAUUAAUUUAGAAUACUAAAAAUGUGUAAAAUGCAAAAUGGAAUAUUGCCGGUUGUGUUUCUUGCCAUAACAUAAGACUGAGCGUACUUGUGAAGAAUAAAAAUUGCUAUUUUAGGACAAAGUUUAUAAAGAUUUAAAGGUUCUUCUGAAAGCAUGCAGAUGUCCUAAAUGUAGUAUUAUGGUGGAGAAGACAGCAGGUUGUAAUUUUAUGACCUGCAAAUGUGGUACAUUCUUUUGCAAUCUCUGUGAUAUUUAACUAGAGAAAGCAGUAAUAAUUUAUUAUUAAUAAAUAAGGAUCAUAAUUCUCAUUUUGAGGGGAAUAGUCCAUUUCAAAAUAAAUGUAAAAUAAAAGUGAAUGGAUAGUGGGUCACAAGACCAGCAGUGCAAUAAGUUCAAUAGAUUUAAUAGAAGUAAGUAAUUUAACCAGUUGCAAAUCUAAUCAAUAAAAUCCCUUGUCCUAAUUGCAAUUCGACAGAUCCCAAGAUUACUACUCUCCAACUAUAUGAUAGAAUUGCUCAUUGUAACAGCGUGAAAUGUUAAAGUAGGGCAUAUUGUAUUGCAUGUAAAAAGAUGAUUCCUCAAUAAGAAUUGUUAAAUCACUUCACCAACACAUUAGAUUGCAGAUUUAAAUGAUCUGUUUAAUAAUUAUAUUUUCAAACAAUCGAAUAAUUA